CCCAGCCCCACAGAGCCCACCCCAGCCGCCACCUCUGCCGGGGACGCCCCGGGAAGGAGGAAGAGGAGGAGUCCUCAGAGGCGGUUGGGGAGGAAGCAGACCGUGCAAGUCGUGGCACGGUCAGGGGCAGGGAAAUUUUGGGAAAAUAGAGCACUUGUAAAAGUGAGUCACCACCGCAUCCUUCCUCCUGGAAGGAGCUGUUAAUUUCUAAUCUGUCCCUCUGCGCCGAACUCUCCAAAUGCGUAAAUUCAACGAGGGUCACCAAAAUCAACGGGAUUGCGACACACCCCGGAACGGAGACAUCCAUCUCUAAGGAAUGGGAAACCCCCCGUGGUUUCCGGGCUCCUCUCGCCAGGAAGGGGAGCCCGGGGGGACAGCGGGGUGCCCUGGCUGCUGCUGCCGGUGCCGAGGCUGUGCCAGCCCCAGGGCGGUGCCGGUGGGGCCGUGCCGAGCCCCGAGGCUCUCCCAGGACAGCGCUGCCUUGGGCACCACCCGGUACCCUCGGUGUUCCCGUGGCUGCUGCCGGGCACAGAGGCUAAGCCUGGUGUCCCCCACUUGGUUCAGCACCCAAAUUUGUCACCCGGAGGUGCGGGUGGGUGUGAGCAGGAGGACGGAGCAUCCCUCAGAGCAUCAGGCCGUGCUGGGAUGCUCUGCACUUCCCUCACCUCCAUCUCCCUCCUUGCCAGGGUAGAUUUUUGCCUUCCACAGCUGGAUUUGGGACUCGAAACACCCCGUGGUGGCACAUGGGUGACAUCCCUGUCCCCGCUGCCAGCCGCCACUGCCCUCUUUUGCAUUGGGGUUUCGGGGCAGCCGGCGCUGGUUUCAGUUCAACCUAUAGGCUGCUGAGCGGUGACAUCAGCGUGAAUCAAAAAGUCUCUUUCCCAAGAAGCCAGGACUGGGGGGUCCUGCCAGAUCCGGGAUGAGCCGUGGGACCGCAGCCUCGCAGGCUGGACCCACCCGGACUCCCUCGAGGAACUGACUCGAAGAACAUCCCCAUCGUCCUGCCGGCCCCAUUUCCUCCCGCCGCUGCUCUCACCCUGCUCAUUGGGCCCCGGGCCAUGCCUUCACUUCUCGCUGCCUUCCGUUGGGUCCGGGUGCCUCCUUCGGAGGUGGGGGUGACUCGGGUGCGCUUUAAAAGCCGAGCUUCCCCAUCGCCGAGCACUUAAGGAAGUGUCUUGCGCCCGGCAGCCCCGGGCGGACACCCUGCCCCGGCCAUGCGGUGCGACGGGCGGCCCUGGGGUGUGCUGGCAGCUGUCGCCAAAGGGCUCCUAAUCCUCUGGGCAGUGCCGGGCCAGGGGGGAAGGUCCCCACUGGCCCCCACCGUGCAGCAGACCCAGGCGCUGGUGAGGCUCAUGGCCGAGGAUGCGCUGGAGCUCUUCACUUUCUACGAGAAGGAGCAGCACCUGGCCAUCCACAACAUCUGCCGCACCAGCAACACCCCCGAGUGGCUGCAGAGGCCGGCCAAGGGGCCCUGGGGGCUGCGAAGGCUGCGGAGACCCAUGAUCCACAUGGACCAGGCGCUGCAGGACAUCAUCCGGCACCAGCGCAACCUCUACCACCCCGAGGCCGAAAUCCUUCGCCGCUUAAGCAGGACCCACCGAAAGGUGCGAGCUCUCCUCAACAACCUGGCGGGGCUCUUCCCGGCCUCCAGCCCCCGGCCCGGCCGCCGGCCCCUCCCCAGCCCCGCGGCAUCCCUCAGCAUCUUCCGACAGAAGCUGCAGGGCUGCCAGAUCCUCUGGAGCUACGCCCACUUCAUGGCCGAGCGCAGCGCCGAGCUGGAGGCCGGGAGCCGCCGGACGCGCCGGGAGAAGGGGAGACCGCGCCGGGGCUCGGGGCUGCCUGCACACCCCUAGGGCAGCCCUGCCGGCACCGGAGUUCCCGUCUGCAUCUCCAUCAUCUCCAUCAUCUCCAUCAUCUCCAUCAUCUCCAUCAUCUCCAUCAUCUCCAUCAUCUCCAUCAUCUCCAUCAUCUCCAUCCCAUGUGACGCGAUCCCAGCCCCAUUCCCAGGAUGGAGAUGCCAGGAUGGCCGGGGAGCACCACGGAGCCCCCUCACGGCACCGACCCUGCGCUCCCCGUGCCAGCACUCGGCUGCAGGACAGCCCUGCUUGGCUCUCGCACAUCCUGCCCCACUUUCAUUGGAUCCAGGUAGCCCCAGUGGAGCCGGGUGUCCCCCGGGUGCGCGGCUGUUCCCUGUCCCCGAGCCCUGCCGGAUUUUCCAGUGAUUCAAUGGGUCGGGUGACACAGCCUGACUAAGAGCUGCUCGCCCAGCACCCCCCACCGGGCCCACGGAGAGCGCUGCUGCCACCGGCGACUGUCACCGGUGUUGUCACCCCUGUCUGCCCUGCGCCAGCUCCGCUCCCAGAGAGCAGCUGGCGUGUCCUGUGUCCCUGCACGGUCUGUGUCCCUCUGUGCUCGGUGUCCCCAAGCUCAGUGUCCCUUUGCACAUCCCUGUCCUCAUCCCUGCUCGGUGUCUCUGUGCUCUCAGUGUCCCCCGGGAGGGCGCUGGCUGUUCCCAUCCUCCCAGCAUCCCUGUCCCCUCCGUGUCCCCCCUGAGCCUCCCAGGCCGUGACACCACAGCCCAGCACUGUGACAGUGGGUGACAGCCCCCAAUGCCUCCCCUCUAAUUUAUACAUUAAUAUUUUGUGUUUACUGUAUUUAUUGAUUGUUAGGGUUAAUUUAACUCCCGCAGCUUGCAGAAGUAUUUAAGGACAUUUCUAAUAUAUAAAUAUCUAUUUUUAUUAUAUUUUUGUAUGGUGUUAAACUAUGAACAACACAAGAAUUUAUUUUUGUAUAUUGGUAUUUUUGGUACACAUAGAAGGGCAGUGCCCUCACCCACGUAACAUUUCUUUAUUUUUGUACAAUGGCAAAAGGAAAUAAAAUGCUGACUUUGGCCCAUGGGCCACUGAGA